AAACAUUUUCCCUUCUUUCUACCUCAAUCCUCCUCCUAUUUUCCCCAACUACCCAUUUCAGUCUUCUUGUUCAUCUUUCUUGUUUGUUGGUUUAUAGUUCUUUCUCACUUCCUUAUUUGAGAAAGAGAGAGAAUUCUCAAUUCUGCAACAAAAGCCCCUUUCGCAUUCUGCCGCUUCACCCCCUCUUUUCCCCCAAAUCCAUGGGUCCCACAGCCACUUUCCGCCAGAUAGAAUAGCCAAAUUCUGCCAAGGCCCAAGGGAAAUCGAAAAUGGAGAUCCUGAGAACGAAAUGGGCGGCGACGGUGGCCGGGAUAUGGAUCCAAUGCGUCGCCGGAGCGUCCUACGCGUUCGGCAUCUAUUCCCCGGUCCUCAAGGCCACACAGGGCUACGACCAAUCCACCCUCGACACCGUCUCUGUCUUCAAGGACAUCGGCGCAAACGCCGGCAUCCUCUCGGGCCUCCUCUACUCCUCCGUCACCCUCGGAUCCGGCGGGCCCUGGGUGGUCCACGCGGUUGGUGCGGCCCAGUGCUUCGUGGGCUACUUCGCGAUGUGGGCCUCCGUCGUCGGGCUGGUCCCGCCGCUCCCCGUGCCGGCGAUGUGCGUUUCCAUCUGGAUGGCCGCUCACGCGCAGACGUUCUUCAACACCGCCAACGUCGUCACCGGCGUCCACAAUUUCGGGGACUACGGUGGGACCAUCGUCGGGAUUAUGAAGGGCUUUCUUGGUCUGAGCGGCGCAAUUCUAAUCCAAUUCUACGACGCCGUAUGCAAGGACAAGCCGGCCACAUUCCUUCUCCUCCUCGCCGUCGCCCCAACGCUCAUCUCCCUGCUCUCCAUGCCUCUCGUCAGAAACUACGACACCACCACCCCGGCCGACAAGCGCCACCUCAACUCCUUCUCCGCCGUCGCCCUCGCCACCGCGGCCUACCUCGCGGCCAUCAUCCUCCUCCACAACGUCCUCAUCCUCCCCUCCUGGGCCCUCGUCGCUUCCUUCCUCGCGCUCCUCCUCCUCCUCGUCGCCUCCCCAUCCAUAAUCGCCGUCAGAGCGCACCGCCAGGAGUCUGACACCUUGGCCCGCGCAUUGCUCGAGGAGAGCGGCUCCAAAGCCGCGCAGUUAGGCUCCGCUGAAUUGCUGCCAGAUGACCUCGACGAUCACGUCGAGGUCAAUCUGGCACAGGCUCUGCUGAGGCUGGACUUCUGGCUGCUUUUCCUGGCCGCGUUCUGCGGCCUGGGGUCUGGGGUCGCGACGAUCAACAAUAUCAGUCAGGUAGGCGAGUCGCUUGACUACGCGGUCGUGGAGAGGACCACGCUGGUUUCCCUGUGGAGCAUAUGGAACUUCCUGGGCCGGUUCGGAGCAGGGUUCGUGUCCGACACCCUGCUCUAUCGUGGCGGGUGGGCCCGGCCCGCGCUGAUGGCGGUCACGCUCGCCACGAUGGCGGUGGGCCACGUGGUGAUCGCCUCGGGCCUGCCCGCGUGCCUCUACGUGGGCUCCGUCCUUGUCGGGGUCUCGUACGGGUCGCAGUGGUCGCUGAUGCCGACAAUAUGCGCCGAGAUCUUCGGGGUGGCCCACCUCGGGACCAUUUUCAACACGGUGGCGGUGGCUAGCCCGCUGGGGUCGUACGUUUUCUCGGUGAGGAUUAUUGGGUACGUGUACGAUGAGGUGGCAAGGGAGAAGGGCGGCGGCGGAGGGGAUUGCUUCGGGAGUCGCUGCUUCAUGGCGUCGUUUCUGAUCAUGGCAGGUGUGGCCUUCUUCGGGUGUCUGGUGGCGAUCCUGUUGUUCUUUCGGACUCGACGGUUUUAUCGAUCGGUGGUGGUCCGGAGGCGGCGGCGGGUGCAACGGCGUAGUAAUUAAUUGGUUAGCAAUCCAUCGCUUGUGCGGUAUGAUUCGUUUUAUAUAGAGGACGUUUCAAGUAAGCUUUUGUACAGGAUAUAUAUCGUCAAUUGAAUAUUGGAAUGUGUGUUUAUUUUUGUCCCCGUCACAUCAACAUCGUGCGUGCUUUAAGGGAGCGGAUAGGGUACAAAAUUUCGACUAGCAAUCUGCAAAAUCCGAUCGUAUCAUCAUAUCACAAUAUUAUAUUAUAUUAUCAUAUCGUAAGACAAAUGUACGUCUGAGGUUUUGUAUGGUUUUGCAGGCAAAGGGUUUUCUACCGGGACUCAAUCCUUAAAAUAACUCAACCAAAUUCAACUUUGUACAUUUGCCAUCGUUCAUUUGAACUGUUUAAAUUAAAUUGAGUGAAGAAAAUACUCAUGUUAGACUUAUGAACUCUUAGUUAAUCGUUCGGUGGAAAUAAUUCUUAACGACAAACUUGAUGACUGUACAACAAGCUUUACGCUUAAGCUUUUUAGCUAAAUCCGUAAUCCGACACUAGCUAUUGGAAUCCCAACAAUGGAUGCCAUGGCCUUGAAGUGCAUUUUGUGGACGUUUUAUUUGUACCCUUUUAUUGGUUUUAUAGUAUUUUUUUCUUAACUAUAUUUUUUGGAUUCUAAUAAGGCUACUCUUCAUGG